AAUUUUGAUAUUUUGAGAGUGUAUUUGUGAAAUUUGGAUAAUUUUCGAACGACGGAAAUUCAACAUAAAGUACGUUGGCUUCUGGUUAAAAUCGAUCAGAACCGUCAGUACGCUCUGACCGCUCGAUCCAACCAGACAACUAAAGUUAAGCAAGAUGGCCGAUGAGAAGAAGAAGGUUAAGAAGAAGAAGACAAAAGAAGAAGGUGGCACCUCAGAGACCGCUUCUGAGGCUGCAUCUGAGGCAGCAACCCCUGCACCAGCUGCAACUCCAGCACCUGCUUCGACCACUGGCUCAAAGAGGGCGUCAGGUGGAUCCCGUGGAUCUAGGAAGUCAAAGCGCGCUGGUUCAAGUGUGUUCUCUGUGUUCUCACAGAAACAAAUCGCUGAAUUCAAGGAAGCUUUCCAACUAAUGGAUGCUGACAAAGAUGGUAUCAUCGGUAAGAACGAUUUGCGUGCUGCUUUCGAUUCCGUUGGUAAAAUCGCCAACGACAAGGAAUUAGAUGCUAUGUUAUCCGAAGCAUCUGGCCCAAUUAACUUCACCCAAUUGUUGUCGUUGUUCGCCAACCGUAUGGCCCAAUCUGGUGCCAACGAUGAAGAUGAAGUUGUAAUUGCUGCCUUCAAAACAUUCGAUAACGAUGGUCUCAUCGAUGGUGAUAAAUUCCGCGAAAUGCUCAUGAAUUUCGGUGAUAAAUUCACAAUGAAGGAAGUCGACGAUGCCUACGAUCAAAUGGUUAUCGAUGAUAAGAACAUGAUCGACACAGCUGCCCUCAUCUCCAUGCUUACCGGCAAGGAAGAGGAUGAAGAAGGCGAGGAAGGUGCAUAAAAAACACCAUUCAAAACCUAAAACAAAUACCAACAAAAAAAACAACAACUUUUAAUUUUCUUACAAUUUUUAUUUAAUUUAAUUAUUUUCAUUUAAUAGUUUAAUUUAAAAAAAAAAAAAAACAAUUUUCAUUUUGCAAAAAAAGAAACAUUAAGUAAAUAUGAACAACUAAAUUUAUUUAAAAAAGUGAAAUAAUUUUUUUUAUUAUUAUUUUUUACAAAAGUAAUAUAUCAAAAAUCUAUGAAAAACAAAAUAUUGUCAGCCCAACAUCUGCUUAUUUCGGCUCUUUCCGGUCGAAAUUUAAACAAUUCAAUAUCAAAUGGAAAACAAACCAACAUCACCAAAAAGUUUUCAUAAAAAUAUAUUUUAAUUUAAAAUAUAGAAACAAAAA